GUCGAAUAUUAUUUUCGAGGCCUUGAGCACUUGCGAUUUCCAAGGCGGCUUGACGGCGGGACAGAAUGGUACUCGCCGAACUUGGAACGAAGAUUCAGAACGCGCUGGGCAAGCUCAACCGCGCCUCAAACGUCGAUGAUGAAGUCCUGAACACGAUCCUGAAGGAGAUCUGUGGGGCAUUGCUCGAGUCGGACGUGAAUGUCCGGUUGGUACAGCAAUUGAGGGCCAAGGUCAAGAAUGCUGUUGACGAUGACGAGUCCACGGGGGGCAACCGUCGUCGAAUCAUUCACAAAGCUGUUGUGGACUCGCUGGUGUCGAUGUUGGAGCCUGAAACCCCUUCGUACAAGCUCAAGAAGGGACAGUCGAACGUUGUCAUGUUUGUCGGGUUGCAGGGGAGCGGGAAGACGACGACGAUCGCCAAGUACGCGCAUUACUACCAACGUAAGGGGUGGAAGACGUGCAUGGUGUGUGCCGAUACGUUUCGCGCCGGUGCGUUCGAUCAGCUCAAGCAAAACGCGACCAAGUUGCGCGUGCCGUUUUAUGGGAGCUACACGGAAGCCGAUCCUGUCCGCAUUGCGCAAGAAGGAGUGGCGCAGUUCCGCGCUGAGCACUACGAGUUGAUUAUCGUCGAUACGAGUGGUCGCCACAAGCAAGAAUCCGACUUGUUUGCUGAAAUGCAAGAAGUGUAUGAAGCGGUUUCUCCCGACGACGUCGUCUUUGUCAUGGACUCGACGAUCGGUCAGGCGGUCCACGACCAAGCGACGGCUUUCCGGCAGGCGAUUCCUGUUGGCAGCGUCAUCAUCACCAAGCUGGACGGCCAUGCCAAGGGUGGUGGGGCGAUGAGUGCCGUGGCCGCUACGGACGCUGCGAUCACGUUUUACGGGACGGGCGAGCACUUUGCGGACUUUGAGGCCUUCAAUGCGUCGUCGUUUGUGAGCCGUUUACUAGGGAUGGGCGACAUGAAGGGGCUUCUGGAAGAGGUCAAGUCGACCGGCAUUUUGGACAACCAAGAGGAAAUGGUCGCCAAGUUGCAAAAGGGCGUCUUCACGCUGCGAGACAUGUACAACCAGUUCCAGACAGUCAUGAAGAUGGGACCAUUGUCCAAAGUGAUGGGGAUGAUCCCCGGCAUGGGUGCCGCGUUUGGCGAUAUGCUCAAGGGCGGCGGCGAAGAAGAAGGUGUCAAACGGCUCAAGCGCUUCAUCUACAUGAUGGACAGUAUGACGGCGGCAGAACUGGACGACCUCGUCCCAUUGACGCCGUCGCGGAAGCUCCGCAUUGCCAAGGGAUCGGGCUGCCUCCUGGUCGAAGUCGAGUUUCUGCUCAAGUGCCACAAGCAGUUCGCGGGUGUGAUCACUCGCAUGGGGAAGAGUGGGCUCCUCAAGGGCGCCGACGACAAAUCUGCCAAGAGGAAUCCACAUGCCCCCAAGUACCCACCGAAAGGGGGCAUGGAUCCACGCAUGAUGGCGCAGAUGGGAGGCCCCCAAGGCAUGAUGGAUAUGAUGAAGCAAAUGGGGGGCCUUGGCGGCAUGGACCCGAGUGCACUGAUGAAGAUGAUGGGCGGCGGGCUACCGGGGAUGCCCAAGUUUUAACUAAAACACAGGACACUGCAAGUUCAAUCAAAUGCACACAUUGCCAUGAACAUCGUAUAUCGAAUUGCCACCGCUUUUUUCG